AUGUGCCUUGAAGGUGGAUGUGGAGCUUGCGUUGUUGCUGUACAAAGAAGAGAUCCUCAUACAGGAAGAAACGAAGUUUUUGCUGUUAAUUCCUGUUUGGUAUCGAUAUUCUCUUGUUAUGGUUGGAACAUUUUUUCCGUUGAAGGAAUAGGCACUCAGGAUAAACCUCACGCAAUUCAGAAAACUUUAGCCAAUUUCAAUGGGACUCAGUGUGGUUUUUGCUCCCCGGGUAUGGUAAUGAACAUGUUCGCUUUAAACGAGUCGCAAGAUUUAACGAUGAAAACUGUUGAAAACUCCUUUGGUGGCAAUAUAUGCAGAUGUACUGGUUAUAGGUCCAUUUUGUCGGCUUUUAAGUCUUUAUGUAAGGAUUCGUCGGAAGAAUUAUUAGGUACUCUUCCUGACAUAGAGGAUUUAAAACCGUGUAAGAAAAUUUGCACUAAAAAUCUUGACCAAGAAAGUUUUAACGUGUUAAAUGGAUCAACUUGGGUGAAGGUCUAUAAAUUCGAUAAUUUGCUACAAGUAGUAAAAAAUUUUUUGUCGGAACAACGCAAACCAUCAAUUAAAAUGAUAGCAGGAAACACUGCAAGAGGGGUCUAUAAAAAUCCUCCGGAAGUUGAUAUAUUCAUCGAUAUUUUUAAUGUUGAUGAGCUUGUUAACCACGAAGUAGGUCCAGAUCAGUUGAUAUUAGGGGCCAAUAUGCCCCUAACAAAAACAAUGGACCUUUUUUACGAGUUAUCAGAAAAAAAUGCGAAAUUCAAACACCUUAAAAAGAUGGCCGAUCAUAUAAAUUUGAUAGCGAAUGUACCAGUUAGAAAUAUUGGAACUCUGGCUGGUAAUCUUAUGAUAAAGCAUGAAAAUAAACAUUUCCCAUCCGAUGUGUUUCUCAUUUUUGAAGCUAUUGGAGCAGUUUUUCAGAUAAUCGACAUUAAAAACCGAGAGUACAUGGAGUCGCCUUCAACAUUUCUUAAUUUAAAUAUGGCAGAUAAAAUCUUCAAAAAAAUUAUUGUGCCUGCUUACGACGACACUUUUAAAUACGAGAGCUACAAGAUAAUGCCCCGAGCCCAAAAUUCACACGCUCUAGUAAAUGCUGCUUUCCUUUUGCAACUAGAAGAUGAUUACAAAGUAAAAUCGGCAAGAAUUGUGUAUGGCAAUAUUAACGCAAACUUUGCAAGAGCGUCUGAAACAGAACAGUAUAUAAUCGGUAAAGUAUUAUUUGAUAAUGAUGUUCUACAAAACGCUUUUAAAUUGUUGGACAGAGAAAUUAUUCCGGAAUUUAUAAAAGGAGAACCUCAACCGGAUUUUAGAAAGAAGUUGGCCAUUUCACUACUCUACAAGUACGUACUAAGUAUUGCACCAUCAAACAUGGUGACCAGCAGAUAUUUAUCUGGAGGCACUAAGUUUGAUAGACCGGUUUCAACAGGCACACAAGAUUUCGAAACGAAUAAAUCUUUGUACCCUGUAUCACAAUCCAUACCAAAAAUUGAGGCUUUGGCUCAAACAACAGGUGAAGCUAAGUAUAUACCUGACAUGCCAGACGCACCCGAUCAACAUUUUGCUUGUUUUGUAUUGGCUAAAACCACUCCUAAUAGCACCAUCGAUAAAAUUAAUCCGCAAAAAGCUUUAAAAAUGAAGGGCGUUGUGGCUUAUUUUGACCACAACGAUAUCCCAGGGCGUAAUACCUUUACACCAAAAGAAGCUGGAUGUCCGGGGGAUGAAGAGGAAUUAUUUUGCUCCAGUAAAGUUUUACAUUGCAACCAACCCAUUGGUAUUAUAGUAGCAAAAACGCAAGAAUUGGCGAAUGAGGCCGCAGAUAAAGUAGAAGUGACUUACAAUAUCUCCACUGUAAAACCUUUAACAACAAUUAAGGACAUUAUUGAGGCGGAUGCCAAGGGCAAGAUUUUUCCGGAUCAAACUAUAGAAAGAAAGAAUAAAGGAAGUAAUAUUAAGCACGUGGCUAAAGGCAACGUGUGUUUAAACUGGCAAUAUCAUUUCCAAAUGGAGUUGCAAUGUUGCGCGGUUAUACCCAUUGAAGAUGGUUUGGAUAUGUAUCCAGAUUCACAAUGGUUGGAUUUAAGCCAGGCCGCAGCUUCGGUAGCUUUAAAUAUACCAAUGAAUAAAAUAAAUGUGUACAUACGCCGUUUGGGUGGAGCCUUUGGAAGCAAAAUAUUUAGGGCGGCAAUGGUUUCGACAGCGUGCGCUCUAGCAGCUUACAAGAUAAAAAAGCCGGUUAAAAUGUGGUUGACUUUGGAACAAAAUGUUGCUAUUAUAGGCAAACGCAACCCCCUUUGGGCCGACUAUGAAAUUGGUGUAGAUGAAAACGGGGUUAUUCAGUAUUUGGACAAUACAGUGUACUAUGAUUAUGGUUGUGGUAACAACGAGCCCUCUAUGUAUAUGUUAAUCAACAUUUUGGAGGCCUACUAUAACUCCGACACAUUUCAAGUUAAUUCCUUUACAACAAGAUCUGAUAUGCAUGCAGCUGCUUACUGUAGAUCACCUGGAUCAGCUGAAUGUAUUGCGAUGAUAGAGAGUAUAAUGGAACAUGCUGCGUAUGUAGCCAACAUUGAUCCAUUGGAAUUACGUAAGAAAAAUAUAAAGGAUCAAGCUUUGCUCGUGUUUAUUGAAGAGUUAAGAGAGUGGGCCGAUGUUGAUACGCGAAAAGAGACAAUUGAACAAUACAACAAGGAAAAUCUUUGGAAGAAAAAGGGUUUGAGUGUGAUGCCAAUGGUUUUCCCAUUUCAUUUCUUUUUUAACUACAACGUUAUGAUAUCAAUUUACCAUGUAGAUGGGACUGUUUCUUUAGCUCAUGGUGGAGUUGAAAUGGGUCAAGGUAUUAACACAAAAGUCGUACAGGUUUGCGCCUAUAAAUUUGGAAUACCCAUUUCCAAAGUACAAGUAAAACCAACAAACUCAAUGACGAAUCCGAAUAACCCUAUUGCUGGCGGUAGCAUGACAAGUGAAACAGUUUGCUGGGCUACUAUAAAAGCCUGUGAAGCUAUGUUGGAAAAACUUAAGCCCAUUAGAGAGAAAAAUCCACAUGAUUUGUGGGAAGACCUAAUUAAAAAAGCGCAUUUGGGUGGAGUAGAGCUAACCGCAACUUCUUUAACCAACAUUCAUUCUGAACCAAGUUUAGCACCCUAUUUGAUAUAUGGAGUCUGCGCGGCGGAAAUAGAGAUAGAUAUUCUUACGGGAAGUUAUCAAAUUCUAAGAGUAGAUCUUUUGGAAGACGCUGGAGAUUUAAUAAGCCCUCAAGUGGAUAUAGGGCAAAUAGAAGGUGCUUAUGUAAUGGGUUUAGGUUAUUACCUUACAGAACAACUCGUGGUGGACGAAAAUGGGAAGAUUUUGAGUGACAGAACUUGGAAUUAUAAACCUCCUGGUCCCAAGGAUUUGCCUAUCAAUUUUAGAGUAAAAUUUCCGAAGAAUAACCCUAAUAAGGUUGGAGUACUUAAAUCUAAAGCUACUGGAGAGCCGCCUUUAUGUUUGGCAUUUGCGGUACCUCUUGCUAUACGACAAGCAAUUGCUUCCGUUAAAUCUGAGAUAGAUAAAACAAUACCUGCAUGGUCGAGCGUUGACGGACCUUCAACUGUAGAACAAGUAUUUACCAACUGCUUACAUGACUUUAAUAACUACAAAUUAUAA